AUGUUCGUGCUAGUGAUAAAGUGCACCAUAUUUGGGUUGCUGCUCGUACAGUCGGUUCAUUGUGAAGCGGAUCCUCAGCUAAACUUGCCACCGUUGGCGCCACCGGGAGGUCGUCCCGGGGCGUUUCCCAACGAUGGUACAUCGCCGACGCGGGUUCCACUUGGCAUCAACAGUGCUGAUGGCGUUAGUCCGUUCGAUCGAAACCGAAGCGAACGCUUUGGUCCACCGUACGAGGAUGAUGAUGAUGAUGAGCAGGACGAAAAACCAAACUAUCCCCAGCUCGAGGGUCGGGCACAGAACAGUGAUUACGAUCGUCGAGAUCGACCCGAUUCGCCGUAUUCCUACAACGAUCGCAAUCGGUACAACGGCGAUCGAGGGUUCGAUCCGGGCUCCCGGACUCCGAACGGACGCUACCCUGGCGACCGGAGUCCCAAUCCGUAUGUGUCCGACGUGGACAACCCAUCGCUCUACCGUGAGGGCGGCAAUCGGAACCCUAACGGGUACGUCUCGGAUGUGGACAACCCUCUGCUCUAUCGCGAUCGCACUCCGUACACGCCGAACCGUGACGACGAGCGCAACCGAUACAAUCCCAACGCCCGGCCGUACAAUCCGAACGACCCAACGUUCGGUGGUCGCAAUCCGGAUCCCAACUAUCGCGAGCCGGGAUUCCGCGAUCCAAACAAUCGGGAUCCCAACUACCGCGAGCCGGGCUUCAGGGAUCCAAACUAUCGUGACCCGGGGUUCCGUGAUCCGAAUCAGCGCUUUCCGGGCGAUGACCCCAACCCGUACCGGGACCCGAGCUACCGGGACCCGUAUCGAAGCCAGGAAGAGGAACGGAUACGGGCCGAAAACGAGCGCCGCUUUCGGGCGGAAACGGAAAAGUUGCGAACGUUUUUGGCUGAUAUCGAUCGGAAAAGCUCGCUGGAGUGUUCGCUGAACGUCGCUGCCCAGUGGAACUUCGAGACGAACAUCAACGAUGCGACGCAGGUUGAGGCGCUCGCUGCCCAGCAACGAUACAACGACUUUCAGCGCCUGCUGUGGGAUCAAAUGCGUCGCAUAGACCAGACGAAGAUUUUCGACGACAAACUGUACCGUCAGGUGCGGCUUAUGUCUAUAAUUGGGCCGAGUGCGCUGCCACCGGAUCAGCUCGACAGGUACAAUAGAAUCGUCAACGACAUGCUUGCCAUCUUCAAUGGGGCCUCCAUCUGCGCGUACGAGCAGCCGUUCGAGUGUGGUCUGCGUCUACAGCCGCACCUGAAAGACAUUAUGGCCAAAAGUCGUGACUGGAACGAGCUGCAGUACACCUGGCUCGAGUGGCGCCGGAAGUCGGGCCGGAACAUGCGAGAUCUGUUCGAGCAGUUGGUCGACCUAACCAACGACGCAGCCCGUGUCAACAACUUUACCGACGCUUCCGCCUACUGGACGUUCCCGUACGAGUCGCGGGCCAACUUCCGCGAGGAAAUGGAGCAAGUGUGGCGCGAGAUACUGCCCCUGUACGAGAUGAUUCACGCGUACGUACGGCGCAAGUUGCGCGAGUUUUACGGACCGGACAAGAUCAACCGGAACGCUCCUCUGCCGGAUCAUAUACUGGGUGACAUGUACGGUCAGAGCUGGCAGAACAUACUGGACAUUGUGAUACCGUACCCGGGGCGCAGUUUCCUCGAGGUGACCCCGGAGAUGCAGAAGCAGGGGUACAACCCUCUGGUGAUGUUCCAGAUCGCGGAGGAGUUCUUCGUGUCGAUGAACAUGUCCGCGAUGGCACCGGAGUUCUGGGCGUCGUCCAUACUUACGCAACCACCGGAUCGUCCGAUCCUGUGUCAGCCAUCGUCGUGGGACUUUUGCACCGGCAAGGACUACCGCGUGAAGAUGUGCACGCAGGUGACGCACAAGGACUUCAUCACGGUGCACCACGAGCUGGCGCACAUACAGUACUUCCUGAACUACCGCAACAAUCCGAAGGUGUUCCGGGACGGUGCUAAUCCAGGUUUCCACGAGGCGAUCGGUGACGCAAUCUCGCUCUCGGUCGCAUCGCCCAAGCACCUGCAAAACCUCGGCCUCGUCCAGAAGUCCGUCGACGAUACGGCGCACGAUAUCAAUUUCCUGUUUUCGCUGGCGAUGGAGAAGGUAGUCUUUCUGCCGUUCGCACUCGCCCUUGAAGCCUGGCGGUACGACGUCUUCAGCAAGCGCAUUCGCAAGGAGCAAUACAACUGCCACUGGUGGCUGCUGAGGGAAGAGUACGGUGGCGUGAAACCGCCCGUGCUGAGGUCCGAACUUGACUUUGACCCUGGCGCAAAGUAUCACGUCGCCGCUAAUAUCCCCUACAUCAAGUAUUUCUUCUCCAACGUGCUGCAGUUCCAGAUCUACCGCUCCCUCUGCACCGCGUCCGGCCAGUACGACCCGCAGGAUCCCGCCAAACCGUUGCAUAAGUGUGACAUCUAUCGCCAACCGGCUGCCGGCAACAUUCUCAAAAAACUCAUGGAGCGCGGUGCCUCGCAACCGUGGCAGCAGGUCCUGCAGGAGGUGAUCGGCGAGGGCCGGCUGGACGGGUCGGCGUUGCGUGAGUUUUUCCGGCCCCUCGAGGAAUGGCUGCGGAAUGAAAACCUGCGCAACAACGAGUACGUCGGCUGGAUCUACGACGGUGACUACUGCAAGCACAGCAUCGAGACGGCCAAUCUGCAGGUGUUUGGCGGGUUCUACAAUGUUGCCGUCGAGGUGCAGCUCACCAGCUGGUUGGUGCUCGCGAUUUCCUCCCUGGUCGUUGCGCUGGCAAAGCAUCACCAGCUCCGAUGAGAUGAGUACAGAUGAAACGUAAAAAUCCGAGUAGUUUAAACCGAUAGGGAGGUUCAUAACCUCACAUCACCCGUAGAGUAGCGUACCGUUAUGAAAUAAACAUAAAUAAUCGUCCAUAAAAACACACAUAUCGAGGAGGGAACACACACCCGCGGUGGAUGACUCGUCAAGUUCAUUGUCGCGCGCGGAUCUCCAUCCCCGGAAAUCGGAACUCAUCGGGCCAGUCAACCGUCGCGCCAAGGAACGGCCAAGCCACGGCAAACAAUUUGCCUCAAUUGAGCGAGCGAGUGGUUUUUCGUGCGUGUGUUGUUUUCUCAUUUGAUUUGUCUCGUUUGCGGCCCCUUUGGGUAGGUCCCGCUUCCUUAAGUGUCACCGUCAGGCUUCGCGGACGGCGAAAAAGGCGUGGAAACGAGCGUGGCGGAGAGGCUAAACCGCUUCCAGCGGCAAACCAAAGUUGAUUCGGUUCAGGCCACUUCAGACGACGACGACGACGACAGGGACGAGCUGGGGCGGUGGAUACACUUCAGGAAAUGAGUGCUCAUGCACCAACGGUAGCGUGUUUUUGUGGAUUGAUUGUGCGAGCGUGUUUUAUGAGUCAACUCAAAUAAAUAA